UUGAAAGUAGGACCAGAAAGUUAUGGAAAUGAAGGCAAAAAUCAGAGUUUUGGCUGUGAAUUAGUUUCUAACGCAAAAGGUGACGCAAUCGAAUCAGCGAAUAAGAUAUCAGAGAAAGUCACAAAGAUUGCUGACGAAAGUGAUGAUAUUCCUACUCUUGAAGACACAAUUAAGCAACUUAAAGAAUUAUAUGAGGAACAGGAAAAGUAUACAGCUGAUUUCAAUCCAGAAUUAUAA